AUGGCGGCGGAGGUGGACUUCGGCGACCUGGAGCUGUUCGAGGCGUUCGAGCACCCGGACGAGUCGCUUCCGAACCCCGUCCAUACCCGCUUCGAGGAGGACGGGGAGGAAGCGGGAGAGAACGGGGUGGGCGACGCGGAGCUGCAGGAGCGGCUCCGGCGCUACGAGGACACGGUGGAGCAGCUCCGCGCCGAAAAUCAAGAACUUAAAAGAAAGCUGAACAUUUUGACUAGACCAAGUGGAAUAUUGGUGAACAAUACUAAGUUAGAUGGACCUUUAUUGCAAAUUCUAUUUAUGAACAAUGUGAUUUCAAAGCAAUAUCAUCAUGAAAUUGAGGAAUUCGUUUCCAAUUUAGUCCGAAGAUUUGAGGAGCAGCAGAAGCAUGAUGUGGAAAAGACUUCCUUUAGUCUUUUGCCCCAGCCGUCCAGCAUUGUACUGGAAGAGGACCAGAAAGUGGAAGAGCCCAGCGCCAUGAGACCUGGCAGCGAGGCCUUCAGUGUUGUAGGAAGUGUCCUGUAUUUUACUAAAUUUUGCCUUGAUAAAUUGGGGCAGCCGCUCCUAAAUGAAAACCCUCAACUUACGGAAGGAUGGGAGAUCCCCAAGUACCAGCAGGUCUUCAGCCAGAUCGUUUCUCUGGAAGGACAGGAAAUACAAGUGAAGGCGAAAAGGCCAAAGCCUCACUGUUUCAAUUGUGGUUCGGAGGAGCAUCAGAUGAAAGACUGCCCAAUGCCUCGAAAUGCUGCUCGAAUAAGUGAAAAGCGGAAAGAAUACAUGAAUGCCUGUGGCGAGGCCACCAGCCAGAACUGCCUGCAGCGGUACCACGCGGAGGAGGUGGAAGAGCGAUUCGGGAGAUUCAAGCCGGGAGUCAUCAGUGAGGAACUUCAGGAUGCGCUGGGUGUGACGGACAGGAGUCUGCCACCUUUCAUCUAUCGCAUGCGCCAGCUGGGCUACCCACCGGGCUGGCUCAAGGAGGCCGAGCUGGAAAAUUCAGGGCUUGCCCUCUACGACGGAAAAGAUGACACUGACGGGGACAUAGAGGCUGGAGAAGUGCAGCAGAUGAAAAGUGUCACCUAUGAUCUGUCCAAGUUGGUCAACUAUCCCGGUUUUAACAUCUCAACCCCUAGAGGAAUUCCAGAUGAGUGGAGGAUGUUUGGCUCCAUACCCAUGCAGGCCUCGCAGCAGAAGGACGCCUUUGCCAGCUACCUCACGUCUAACUUCCAAACGCCCAGCGUGAAGUCCAGCAGUAAGAGGUCUUCCUCGCAGUCCAGCCCCUACAGCCCAAAGAAGCAGAAGAGGGAGAGCAGCUGCGACGCGUCCCCCACCAACAUGGAGCUCGACUCAGACGUGGAGGCGCCGCAGGCUUCCCAGAGCGGUGACACGGACGCGUUUCAGUUUCAGCCCCCACUGCCGCCCGGUACUCCUCCCGUCUUCACGCCGCCUCUCCCCAAAGGCACCCCGCCUGUGACCCCCGGGGACUCGCCACAGGCCCGCGGGAUGGCCAUGGACGAGGACGCCCUGAGCCUGGAGGAGCUGGAGGAGCAGCAGAGGCGGAUCUGGGCGGCCCUGGAGCAGGCCGAGAGCGCCACCAGUGACUCGGACAUCCCGGCCGACACGCCGCUGACUGGGAACUCUGUGGCCUCCUCACCUUGUCCCAAUGACCCCGAGCUCCCCGUGCCUGAGGGGAAGCCAGCAGAGCCGCAGGUGCCCGGUGGGGUCCAGGUGGCCCUCGCCUCCGAGGCUUGUCCCACGGCGGCAGCGGUGGCCGAAUCCCCGCAGAGUCCAGAUGCCGAGGUCCCAGUGUUCAGCCAGAAGGAAGAGCCAGCGCCCACCCCGCUGGACUCCAGCAACACUCACCUCGGGAACGGGACUGGGCUGCCCGCCUCUGACGGCCAGCAGCCCCCGCGUCCACGCGCCAGCCCCUCCACAGCCGGGAAGACACACAGCCCCAUUCCUGACAUGAGCAAGUUUGCGAUGGGCAUAACGCCAUUCGAGUUCGAAAACAUGGCUGAGUCCACCGGCAUGUACCUCCGGAUCAGGAGCUUGUUAAAGAACUCUCCCCGAAACCAGCAGAAAAACAAAAAGACUGCCGAGUGA